CCGUCUGUCUGUCUGAGAUUAGAACUGGAUCUCAUUACAGAGAGAGUGAGGCGCUCUGCGUCGGACGCUGGGUCUCGGUGAAGGUGCAUCACUGUUCUACAAAGUAUCUGCACAGGAACGCUGUAAUGUUUGUUCACCGGAGAAUUACCAGGUUAACAUCGUUUCAAAAAUGGUGCAUGGUGUAGCCUCGUAAGACUUGGCGAAAUGAUGCGCAUUUUGUCACAAGAUCAAGUGAGAAAGACCCAUGUUGCCCCCUGAAUAAACUGAAGGGAGCUCUAGAAAGGGAAGCUGCUGAAAGAGAAGUUACAUAAACAGAAAACCAAAGAGUACAAGAACAGCAAAUUUCUUGGAGAAGGAAACUCACACUGGAAGUUCUGCUUGACCUUCUGGGUGACCUGCAGAGUCGAGGUGAAUCAUGCAGGGCUGCGAGGUUGGUACCAGGGUGCGCUACUGGCUGACUCUGGCUUCGGGGAUGCUGGAGUGUCUGUGCUUUGCUGGUGUGGUGUUUGGUUACGCCUCUCUGGUGUUUGUGCUGAAGGAAGAUGGAUACUUUGACGAGCUGUGCAUCAACAGCAACAGCAGCACCACGAACGUCACAGACUGUAGUAGGCAGGAUGAGCAGUUCUCUCUGGCCUUCACGAUUGCCUCGUUCCUCAACAACUUCCUGAACCUCGUCAAUGGCUACCUCUUUGAUCGCUUUGGCACCAUGGUGAUGAGGCUUCUGGCAAUAUCCUGUUACACGACUGGAACCCUUCUUAUGGCCUUUUCCAGUGCAGCUUCCUCACUGCUGCUUUUCCCAGCCUUGUCCUGCAUGGCUGUUGGAGGUUUGCUGCUUCUUCUAACUAACAUUCAGGUGGGGAACCUCUUUGCUGCCCAUCGUUCCACCAUCAUCACCCUCUACAACGGUGCCUUCGACUCCUCCUCAGCUGUGUUUCUCAUCGUCAAGGUUCUGUAUGAGCAGGGAAUCUCUCUUCGCUCUUCCUUCCUCUUCUUGUCGAUCUGCAGCGUCAUUCAUGUAUUAAGAACUUUGCUGCUCAUGCCGAGAACCCACAUCCCUUAUCUUCUGCCUCAGGGCUACACCUACGGAGUGCAAUGUGGAAAAGCCAACACUUACAACGUGGAGCAGGUUGAGAAGAUGGGAGCUGGAGCUAUGACGGCUUCACAGGAGACACCCACACCUGAGGACAGCACAGAGAUCAAAGACACAGAAAAAGUGAAGAGUUUCUGGAGCUGUGUCUUGUCCUGGUUCUUCCUGUGGCACCUGCUCUGGUUGUCCAUAAUGCAGCUGAGACACUAUCUGUUCAUCGGGACGCUCAACCCCAAACUCAACCGGCUGGCCGACAGUGACCCCCAGCUCGUAAGUGAGUACACCAAUGCUUUCGCUGUGACCCAGCUGUUUGGGGUCCUGUGUGCUCCCUGGAACGGACUCAUCAUGGACAGACACAAGGGGAAACCUCUGGCUGCUGGAGAAACCGAGCAGGAGGCCGACCUGCGCUCCUCCUGCCUGUCUCUGUUCCUGACCUCGCUGCAGUGCCUCCUCUUCUCUGUUUGCGCCACCAUACCCGUGCUCCCGCUGCAGUACCUCACCUUCAUCCUGCAGGUCCUCAAUCGCUCCUUCCUCUACGGGGGGAACGCGGCCUUCAUUAGCAUCGCUUUUCCAUCCUGUCACUUUGGGAAGCUAUACGGUCUGGUGAUGUCCCUCUCUGCUGUCAUCUCCCUGCUGCAAUAUCCCUGCUUCACCCUGGUCAAAGGAGCUCUGGACGGAGACCCCCUAUAUGUGGACAUCGCUCUCACUCUCCUCACUCUGCUGGUCUUUAUUCAUCCCGUCUACAUCUUCAUCCACUGUAGGAGAGAAGCCAGCAGUAGGAAGAACAACACGGAGGCUGAGGUCACCCAUGACUGCCGAACGAAAACUACGGAGAUUUUGUUCUCGCAAAACUUUUAGUUUGCAGCACAUUAUUAGUUUUACAUUUCAUUUCAUCCAUUUCAUUUUAUAUUUGAAAUUCUUUUCAAACUGUUCGUCUUCAUUGUUUUUAACUAGAAACUACAGAUGACAACGUAUUUUCAAAAUGUUUUUACUAAGGGCUGGGACUUUAACACGUUAAUUACGAUUAAUUAAAAUAAUACGUUAAAAAAGUAACACAUUUAAUCACACCUUUCUCGGUUCCAUAAUUUCUGGCACACUGGUGCACACUACAGCCUGGUAGGUGGCGGUAAUAAACCUGAAGUCUGUUUAUCAACCAUGAAGAAGACGCACAGGACAUGUCAGCGCCAGGCGUAAACUAACCGUGACGUCACCCGUUGGUUUCAACGCCGAGAAAAUGAAGCCCGGAUUUUGCUACUUCCUGGUCGCCGUUUUGGAUUUUUUGGAGCCAGUGACGUAAAAAGCGUCAUCAAACAGACUGGACCGGAGAGCAACUAGGGGCAGGAUUGGCUGAGGACUCUCUUAUCCCGCCCACAUUUUACCGCAGAGGCUUCUGUUGCUGUCUAUCAAGUAUAGCCACGCCCCCUGGCUCCGCCAACUUUAAGGAUUCAUUUAAAAUUCAGUGUUGAUUUAUUUUAAGAUCGGCCACCUGAUCUCUCAUUUUGACCAUGAAAACUAACGGGAAAAAAGUCCUGAGCUGUAGAAAAUCAAUCUAUCAAAUUUUAUUUUUUCUAAAAAUGAAUUGGGGUCUAUGGAGAAAAAGCUUUUUGGAGCCAACCCAAGCGGACGGCGUGAUAUUGCAAGUUUUUGACACUUCCGGGUUGGCUUCAAUUCUGGAGCCAGAUGUUACGUCCAUUAUAUAUACAGUCUAUGGUCAGCGCACAAGCAAGUUUGGUGAACAGUGAAGGAAGACGAGACGGCAAAUAGUCAUGAAAAUAAAGAAAAACAAUUAAAUGAGAAGGUGUGUCCAAACUUGUGACUGAUAGUGUAUAUAUCUAUUCAUUGAUUCAGUCAUCAACCAGAAUUUGAAUUGAAAAACUUUGCUUUUUGUGUGAAAUACUGCUCUUUGACCAAAAUGUGAAUCAUUGCCUGUAACUAAUACAUUUUUUUAAUCACUAGUUUUUAGCUUUGUAAGGGAACUGAGAUCAUUUUUUUUACAUUUUUUAGAAAAUGUUUUUAAUGUCUGUCAGAACAGACACAUGCAUUUUUAAUGUUUAAUAAAAAAAUGUUGAUAAAUG